GAAGGAGGAAGAAGCUAGACCUGAAGAUGAUAUUGACCAUCGACCUGCUGGAGGGCCUCGUUUGACAUACCUGUGGUGCCAGGAUAAGGUAGGAGGACAAACCCUAUACCUGGGAGGGAACAUAGGUGUAGACGGCAAGCUCUACUUCAUUCCUGGGCAUGCAAAGCGCGUUAUGGUCUGUGAUCCUGCUACGGAUCGAGUCACAUGCACUGGUCCAAUCUUUCCUGGCAAGUUCAAAUGGCUAAGAGGGGUCAAUGUUGACAGUGGGAAGAUCUAUGGCCUUCCAUGUCAUGCUGACACCGUACUUUGCAUAGAUGUUCCGAGCGGGAAGAUCACCACCAUCCCCAUCCCAUAUGAUGAGGUUUACUCAGACCGACUACUGGCCAAGGAGCAGCGGGAGUGCAAGUGGAAGUACCACGGCGGGACGAUUUGCCCAACAGACAACUGCAUCUACUGCAUUCCGCAGUCAGCGCUGCAUGUUUUGAAGAUUGACCCUGUUUCCGAAACAUGUCAGCUGGUGGGACCAGAGCUUCCUGGAAAGUACAAAUGGUACGGCGGCGUGGUAGGCAAGCACGAUCAGGCCAUAUACGGCAUACCCCACAACUCUCCACACGUGCUGCGAAUCUCUCCGUCGGCGAUAACGGUUCAUGGGGACUAUGGAGAUGGUGGGCACAAGUGGCAUGGCGCGUCCCCCGCUCCCAAUGGUGACAUUGUUUCAGUUCCCGCGAAUGCGGACUCGGUCCUCAUUAUUCGGCCCGGGAUUGAACCAGAGAUGUUUGAGAUCGGGGAUGCGAAGUGUGUCAAAUCAGGUCGACAUCGCACGGAUCGCAAGUACAAGUUUCUGGGGGCCAUGACAGGUGCUGAUGGCAUGGUGUACUGCUUCCCAAGUGGAAGUGAGCGUGUUCUGCAGAUUGACACAGAGGCGCAAGAGGUGCGCGAAGUGGGCCCUAACCUUUUCGACAUGGAGCGCAUUUGCCAGAACAAGUGGCAGAAUGGCCUAACCCUCGGUGAGAAUGUCUACGCCAUCCCAUUGGCUGGUGAGAGCCUGCUCCGGGUGCUGGACAAGUGGGAGGGCGGGAUUGUCGCCCCGAAUGGGGUCAUCUACACUGAUGUUUUCUCCUACGAUGUGACCAAGCAUGACAUGGGCAAGGCGGUGAUUUCCCUCCUGCAGCAAUGCGACUCAGACGUAGUGGGAAGCUUUCGCAGUGGGGCACAGGAGAAGCUCGAGGACUUCUGCGUCCCUGCAGAAUCGACGUGGAGGUCCGUCAACGGCGGAAGAUGUGAAGAUGCACAAAGGUAUCUGUCCGAGCAGAUAGCACGGAACGACACGUUUCUAGCUGCUUUUGACCGGCUGGUCAGCGAAGUUGUCCUGCCCUACAUGAAGCAACGCCUCGUGGCUGCUGGAGUAGCAGAGAUGCAGGAGCCCAUGAAAUUCUACUACCAGCGUCCCCCGACACUGCGACUGCAGCCUGGGCCAGCCCGUUCUCACGUGAAGGCGCACAAUGACGCAACCUAUGGGCACCAGAGUGGCGAACUGAAUUUCUGGCUUCCGCUGACAGACCGGAAGCUGACGGAGGUCGAUUUGCACUGUGAGUCUGCUGCUGAAGAAGGCGAGGCUUCCAUCUACCAAAGGGUCCAUGGAGUAGGGUUUGGGGUUUCAUUUUUAGGGUUGAGUGUAGUAUUAUAUGAGCCAUAG